UCCACAGGCGACUACGUAUUGCUUCACCGCGCUACUUCACGCUCUCGUCUCGCGAGACCGUGUCGGAAACCCUGAGCGAUCCGCGACUACGGGCUGUGUUAUGAAAAAUCGGGACUGUCCCACGAAGAGCGGGGCUGUGGGGUGUCAAAAAUAAAGAAGGAUGCAGAUCUGUGAGAGUGGCGUCUUCUCCAGCCUGAAUGAAGUUUCAUUUUUUGCAAGCUGACCAACUUUAUGAGGAACACUAACAAAAAGGUCCGACAGUUCUCCUCCUGUCCCAAGAUGGUGAAGCCUGAUAUCCACACUCUUGCUCACCAUCUGAAGCAAGAGCGACUCUAUGUCAACUCAGAGAAGCAGCUCAUCCAGAGACUGAAUGCCGAUUUGCUGAAGACAGCAGAGAGGCUCUACCGCACAUCAUGGAUAGCCAAGCAGCAAAGAAUAAACCUGGACAGACUCAUUCUCACAAGUGCUGAAGCAUCUCCAGCUGAAUGUUGCCAACAUGCAAAGGUCCUAGAAGAUACUCAGUUUGUGGAUGGUUACAAGCAGCUGGGCUUCCAGGAGACUGCAUAUGGCGAGUUUCUCAAUCUCCUGCGUGAGAAUCCGCGCCUUAUUGCAUCUUGCCUUGUGACUGGAGAAAAACUCAACCAGGAGAAUGCCCAAAGUGUCAUACACACUGUUUUCACCUCUCUGUAUGGCAACUGUAUAAUGCAGGAGGACGAAAGCUACUUGUUACAGGUUUUACGUUACUUAAUUGAGUUUGAACUGAAGGAGAGUGAUAACCCACGAAGGCUUCUUAGGAAAGGCACAUGUGCAUUCAGCAUUAUCUUCAAACUCUUCUCUGAAGGCCUUUUUUCUGCCAAGCUCUUUCUAACCGCAACCUUACAUGAGCCAAUCAUGCAGUUGCUGGUUGAGGAUGAGGAUCACCUGGAAACUGACCCUGCAAAACUUAUCGAGAGGUUUUCUCCAGCCCAGCAGGAAAAGUUAUUUGGCGGGAAGGGCACUGAAGCUUUUCGACAAAGGGUGCAGGCAAUGGUGGAGACAAAUGAAGCUAAGCUUGUGGCUCUUGUCAAUAAAUUUAUAGGAUACUUGAAGCAGAACACAUAUUGCUUCCCACACAGUCUAAGGUGGAUUGUCUCACAGAUGUUUAAAACUUUGUCCUGUGUAGAGGGGCUGGAAGUUAGUGAAGUGAGAUCUAUGUGCACCGACCUACUACUGACUUGUUUCAUCUGCCCAGCAAUUGUGAACCCAGAACAGUAUGGGAUCAUUUCAGAUGCUCCCAUCAAUGAAGUGGCAAGGUUCAACCUAAUGCAGGUGGGCCGCUUGUUACAGCAGCUGGCACUAACUGGAUUUGAGGAGCGUGAUACACGGAACAAGAGUAACCUCAAUAAAUUUGACAAAAGCUGUGUGGCUGCUUUCCUGGAUGUGGUUAUCGGUGGUCGUGCAGUUGAAACACCUCCCCUUUCGUCUGUGAAUCUCUUGGAAGGAUUAAGUCGAACAGUUGUGUACAUGACAUACAGCCAACUUAUGAGUCUGUUGGGGUUUAUGCGUACUGUUAUCUCCAGUGAGCAGCUGCAGGAAGAGGACAGGAUGGCAUUGGAAAAUCUCCUGGCUACGGUACCCCAGACCAAACCAGGGAAGAGUAACAAUGAUACACCUUACAGCACUCCUCAGCUCUCCCCUGCCACCACACCAGCCUGCAAGAAGAACAGGCUACCUAUAGUUACCCGCAGUAGAAGUAAAACAAACCUGAUGGAGACAGAAAAUGAAUGCUCUCCACAAGAAGUUACCCCCAAUCAGCCUGAAGAAGUCCUGGUCAUCUCACUAGGGACUGGUCCCCAGCUCACACCAGGAAUGAUGUCUGAAAAUGAGGUUUUAAACAUGCAACUGGUAGAUGGGGGGCAGGGGGACGUGCCUGUAGAUGAAUCUAAACUUCAUGGGAAGCCGGACAAGACCCUGCGUUUCUCCCUCUGCAGUGACAACCUAGAAGGCAUUUCAGAAGGUGAAUGUUUGGGUUUAAGAAUAGUUGACAUUCCAGAAGAGGAAAAUCCGUGUUCAACAGGUCCUUCAAAUCGUUCCAACUCUGUUUCAUCUCUGGAUCUGGAAGGGGAAUCUGUAUCUGAGCUAGGAGGGGGACCAUCCGGAAGCAAUGGGGUAGAGGCUUUGCAGUUAUUGGAACAUGAACAAGCAACCACACAGGAUAAUCUAGAUGACAAACUGCGCAAAUUUGAAAUUCGUGACAUGAUGGGAUUGACAGAUGACAGAGAUAUCUCUGAGACAGUCAGUGAGACAUGGAGCACAGAUGUGCUUGGAAGUGAUUUUGACCCCAACAUUGAUGAAGAUAGACUGCAAGAAAUUGCAGGUGAGAUGAAUAAAGGUGCAGCAGCUGAGAAUAUGCUGGGAAGCCUGCUGUGCCUUCCAGGCUCAUUACUGCUCGAUCCCUGCACUAUAUCUGAGACUACCAGUGAAGCAUGGAGUGUCGAGGUGCUUCCUAGUGAUUCUGAAGCACCAGAUCUAAAGCAAGAGGAGAGGCUGCAUGAACUAGAGAGCUGUUCAGGUUUGGGAAGUACAUCGGAUGAUACUGAAGUUAGAGAGGUCAGCUCCCGGCCCAGCACCCCAGGACUCAGUGUGGUAUCAGGUAUCAGUGCAACCUCAGAGGACAUCCCUAACAAGACAGAGGACCUGCGCUCUGAGUGCAGCUCUGACUUUGGAGGAAAGGAUUCUGUUACAAGUCCUGAAGCAGAAGAGUCUGUUCACGGACCUCACCAUAUAACUACACCUCCAACCCAGAGUGAAUCAUUGUUGGCCAUGUUUGACCCACUAGCUCCAGCAUCUAGUGAAGUGGUUCGGCCUAAAGUACACUAUGCAAGACCCUCACACCCACCUCCUGAUCCACCUGUAUUGGAAGGGGCAAGUGGGGGAAAUGAAGCUCGACUUCCUAUGUUUUGCUCGCAUGUCUUUAUUCACACGGACUCUGAAGCAUACAGGCAGAGGCACUCAUGUCCUGAAAGACUGGUGCGCAGCCGCAGCUCUGACAUCGCUUCUUCCAUACGGAGGCCAAUAAGUGACCCUGGCUGGGUGAGGCGGGGAAUAAAUGAAGAUCGUGAGCUGCUAACAGGAAUUGCAGUGAAUGCACUAAUUAAUCCCCCUCAAUCUUCAUCCUUCUCUCCCAGCAAGGACUCUUCCAGGGGAGAGCCAGAUGAAAAAAAAGACAGUGACGAUGAGCGAUCAGAUAGAAAUAAGCCUUGGUGGAAGAAGCGUUUUGUGUCUGCAAUGCCCAAAGCGCCUAUCCCAUUUAGGAAGAAGGAAAAACAGGAGAAAGAGAGGGAAGACUUUGUACAAGACAGGUUUUACGUAGCAGUUGACUCUACCUCUCAGUUAGGACCACAUUCCCAAGCAGCAGAAGACAUCCUGGCUAAGUACAGAAAUGCUAUCAAAAGAACAAUCCCCAACGAAGGUUCUACCAUGCCCUAUGAAGGAGCAGAUCCUGUUGGAGAUGGAGAAAGCCUCCAUGAGUCUCCUCGUGAUGAAGCUUUGCAGAACAUGACCUCAGAUGACCUACUUGAUUCUGCUAACCAAGUAGCCCACCCUCAGGAGUCUGCAUUCUCCUAUAGGGAUGCUAAGAAGAAAUUACGCCUGGCCCUGUGCUCUGCUGAUUCUGUAGCAUUCCCUGUAUUGUCUCAUUCAACACGGAAUGGCUUGCCAGAUCACACAGACCCAGAAGACAAUGAGAUUGUGUGCUUCCUUAAAGUCCAACUUGCAGAGGCCAUAAACCUGCAGGACAAAAACCUGAUGGCACAAAUUCAGGAAACUAUGCGCUGUGUGAGCCGUUUCGACAGCCGUUCCUGCAGCAAGAUCUUGUCAUCACUUGCAGAAGAUUACCGGAAGAGGGCCUCGUAUAUUGCAUAUCUAACAAGAUGCCGACAGGGACUACAAAGCACCCAGGCUCAUCUUGACCGCCUCCUGCAAAGAGUGCUACGAGAUAAGGAGGUCUCCACACGCUACUUCACCACUGUCUGUGUGCGGCUUCUACUGGAGAGCAAAGAGAAUGAAAUACAUGAAUUUAUACAAGAUUUUCAAAAGCUAACCGCAGCUGAUGACAAAACAGCGCAAGUUGAAGAGUUCUUGCAAUCACUUUACGGGGCAAUGGCACAAGAUGUGAUUUGGCAAAAUGCCAGCGAGGAGCAGCUGCAAGAUGCACAGAUUGCCAUUGAGAGAAGCAUUAUGAACCGCAUCUUUAAGCUGGCCUUUAAUCCCAAUCAAGAUGCAGACAUUUUGCGAGAUCAGGUCCUUCACGAACACAUCAAAAGGUUGUCCAAAGUGGUGACUGCCAAUCACAGAGCACUGCAGAUACCUGAGGUGUAUCUGAGGGAGGCUCCUUGGCCAUCUGCUCAAACUGAAAUCCGUACCAUCAGUGCAUACAAGACACCCAGGGACAAAGUGCAAUGCAUAUUGCGCAUGUGCUCAACAAUCAUGAACCUUUUAAGCCUGGCCAAUGAGUACUCUGUCCCAGGAGCAGAUGAUUUUGUUCCUGUGCUGGUUUUUGUCCUUAUUAAGGCUAAUCCCACCUACCUACUGUCAACGGUGCAAUAUAUCAGCAGCUUCUAUUCAAAUCGGCUCAUCGGUGAAGAGUCCUACUGGUGGAUGCAAUUUACGGCUGCCGUUGAGUUCAUAAAAACUAUUGACGAUCGCAAGUAAAUCUCAGAACAAGCUGUAAAAAUUAAGUGGCUCCUCUUUCCCAGGUUUUGGCAUUGCAGCCUCAGGCCUUGUAUCAUAACUGUACAGACAAAAGGGGUAGUGGUUUUGGUCUUUAACUCUGGGAGGGCCUUCAAUUCAUUGCUCACUAGUAGCUUGCGGGCCUUUCUGAUUGCAAAAGCAGUCACGUUUCCAUUGAAAAUCCCCACCAAUGCAAAGCCGACGUAUAACCUGCCCCUCUUAUAAUGCUGCAUCAUUUCAAAUGACACCUUUACUAAACAGAAAAUGACAUUUAACUUGCAGACGUGGAUGUUUUGUUUAAUUUAACUUGAUAUAUAUUUUUUUUCUUAGAAUUAUGUAAGGAAUGCAAAAGGGACCACGUAUUAACUAUUCUUAGCAAAAAGAAAAAAAAACAUUGCAUAUACUUGCAGGUUUUUAGUUAAAUUGCUCUCUAGGGAUAGUAGGCAAUAAUGCUGAGUAGUAGAGGAUUUCACAGGAGGGGUUUAAUUGUUACACUGCUUAAUCACAUUUCCUACUUAUUUUAAAUGGCACCAAAUACCAUGUUUUCUAAAAUCUUAAUAUUUAUCCAUAGAAAAGUCCAUUCUUCCUUGGUUGUGGAUAAGUUUUACCAAAGUUACAUAACCAACGUCAGUAUUGACCUGUGUCCAUAUAUUUUGCAGAGGGACUCUUAGCCAUCAACAACCGUUUAACAACAGGGAUUUGUAUAUAAGGUUGUAUAAAUCAAGCUUGAACACAAAUAUCUCCUUACGUCUUAUCUAAACCACUGACAGCCCCAUUGAAAAAAACCUAAUGCGUCUAUUCCUGCGCUCCCCUGCGACUGAACGCAGAAAAACAGAACGCAGUAAAACAGAACGCAGUGGAGCGCAGCUUCAACCACUCGUCAGUAAGAGCCCUUAGACUGCUAGUUCUAAAAGGCAUCGUUUAAUUCCAUUUUGAGAGGAAUCAUUGUUUGAAAAAUGAAAUAAGAGAAACAAUGUAAAGGUUUGUUAAGCACAGGAUUUAAUGUACUUCUAAAUCACCAUCAACUUGCAAACUGGAGCAGUAAACUAUAGAUAAGUUAUUAGCAGUAGUUUUUCUCAGAAUAUGUCAAAUAAACAAUUCCUUCUAUUAGCAGAAGGUUGUUUUGGUCAUGACGCAGUAAAAUGAGCUUUUCUUUAGGUGUAGAUUCGCACAGCAGUUUGAAUGUCCAAAAGUGAGAUGUUUCAGUAUGUUUUAAAUUACUUGUAUCCCUUCUAAUUUCUGGCCGAUUGCAACUUUUUCUGCCACCAGAGGGUGUAAAAAUCUUUUCAACAGGCAUUACCAAAAAACAAAAAGAAAAAACAAAACUGGAAUGCAACAAUCAAUUCUAUAUUAUUAGUUCACACUCUAGUCACUAAGCCACCCUUAAUGUUAGGCUGCAUUUGAGUAUUAACACUUACACUGACCUGCUGUCUUAAACGGUGUGUGGAUGGAGACUACAUCCUCCAGUGCACCAUGUUACAGACAUAUUAUUUAUUGAAAUCAUUGCUACAACCUGGAUAAAAGUUUUUUUUAUUUUUUUGUAAACCAGCCAAUUAUACGGGUGCAAAUCAGAUUUUUCUUUUAAAGUGUAUUUACAUUUAAAUCUCCAGAAAUUAACAGGCUUAUUGAAAAGGAACGUUCCAUUUUCAAUGGCAAAAUGAUUUUAUUUUCCAAAAGAGCAAUUGUUUACUUCCAAAGCACUUUCUGAAUGGAGCUACUCAGGGCUUUAAUGCUUUAACUAUCCUUUAUAUAUGACUUAGGGCAAUGGAAUAUGGAGCAAUUGGUAACAAUUUGCCAUGGAAGAUGGAGAAAUGCUCACAGUUGCCUCUCUAUUAAUCAGUAAUUGGCUGGAUCCUUCCAGUUUAGUCACGGAUAUAAUAUCACUCAUCCCAUGUGGUGUCACUAUAAUAAGUGGCAAGCAUUCAUAAGAGUGUGUUAUUGGUAAACAAAUGUUCAGCAGUUUCCAGAUUUUAAUAUAACAGUUCAUAUUAAAUGUAAAGCUUUUUAAUUUUUUUUAAUCCUUUUUUUCUUCUGAUAACAAUCCAGGGCCUGUUGAUCACCCUGUAUAAAUAUGCUGUCACCAGCUUUUAUUACCCAUGCAAUAGCAUACUGUAACAGCCAAUAUAUACAGUAUGGAGAGUGGAGCUCUUCCGCAACAAAAGGUCAUCAGUUAAUAACAAAAAAUCCAUGCACUAGGUCUGCUUUUCUGCUGUUAAAUAUAUUCUUUUUAAUUCAUAAUGAAAUAAAAACUGACGGGGGAA